GAUUAUGUCAAUGAUGAUAAUAAAGUGUACUUCCGUUUAAUACAUGGGGGUACGUGGCUGAGAAAAAUCAGCAGAACUUUGGUGCUUGUACCAAAAUGCCACGCCAAGGAGAGUUAAUGGAUAGAGCAGAAGAUGUAGCUGAUCAGGUUUUAAGAAAAAGUAAACAUAUAUUACCACAUGUAGCAAGGUUUUGCUUAAUCAGCACAUUUCUUGAGGAUGGGAUACGAAUGUGGACACAAUGGGGAGAGCAAAGAGACUACAUGGACUCUACAUGGGGAUGUGGGUACUUCUUAGCAACACUUUUCGUAUUGCUGAAUUUGUUUGGCCAGUUAGGUGGAUGUAUUAUGGUACUUAGUCGACAGAAAGUUCCAAUAGCUUGUGGAGUUUUAUUGGGGAUAAUUUGCUUGCAGACAAUAGCCUAUAGUAUAUUAUGGGAUGUAAAAUUUCUUCUUAGGAAUCUGGCUUUAGUUGGCGGUGUUGUACUUCUAUUAGCUGAAGAUAAAGCUGAAGGAAAGAGUCUGUUUGCAGGUCUACCCUCGAUCGGAGAAAACAACCCAAAACAGUAUAUGCAGCUUAGCGGAAGAAUUCUAUUAGUUCUUAUGUUUCUUACUUUGUUAAGAUUAGAUUUUGACUUUUUCCAAAUAAUUCAAAAUUUGGUUGGCACAGCACUUAUAAUAUUGAUAGCAGUAGGUUACAAAACAAAAUUAUCUGCCCUUGUAUUGGUAGCUUGGUUAACAUGUAUUAAUGUUUAUUUCAAUGCCUGGUGGAAUAUUCCUUCUUACAAACCUAUGAGAGACUUCCUGAAGUAUGAUUUCUUCCAGACACUGUCGGUAAUUGGAGGACUUCUUUUGGUGGUUGCAUAUGGUCCCGGUGGUGUUAGCAUGGAUGAACAUAAAAAGAAGUGGUAGUUACCUAGCAUUACAAUAAUGACUGACAUUUUUAAAUGUAUUUGUCUGGAAAAGGGACUGUGUUCAUAACACAGACUAUUAAGUGUAUGUGUUUCUUAUUAUUGUUUAUAUAUAGACCAGGUCUGAAGUCUAGAAGAUAAAAGAAGUCCUCAUUUUCAUCUUUCAUCAGAGAGAAAAGAAAUCUUAAAUCUUGGUAAAGUAUAAUAGAUUUUGUGAAUUUAGAAUUGAUGACAAAAAGCCUAUCUUCAAUUUAUAUUCCAAUUAUUACUAUUGUGAAUUUAUUAAAACAAAUACGUUUUCAGUAGAAUGAAGCAAUAGUCAAAUAAUAGUUGAUUGUAUAAACAAACUUGAAAUCACUCUUGGUGCCAGCGAUGAGAAAUUGAGAACCUAAAGAUUAAAUUUGUAGCUUUUGUUCAGGUGGUAAUAGGUAUUUAUUGAUUUGAAGGUUUAUUUAAACCACUAAGUUUACAAUACCCAAAGAAUCACAAAUGUUUUAACCGGAAACAGGUUCCCACUACUAAGUAACAGUUGUUAAAUAUUUAUUUGAUUAAUCUACAUUAAAUUUUUGCAAUUUUUUCCUUUAAUACAUUAUGGAAAAUUUCGAUCUGUUUGAAAUUGUGUUCACUGAAAUUACAAAAUUAUUACGAUAUUGAACUAUUAUCAUUCCCCUUAUCAAAGUUAUUAUACAUAAUCAUACUUGUUAAGUAAGAAUGGAUAGAUCUGCAAAUUUAUAAUUUCCAUACAAUUUGAUAUGAAAAUUUAACAUUUAAGCAUUAUCUAUUAAGGGUAAAAUUUAUGAAUUAAAACAUUUUUAAGAAGUCAGCAGUAUGUAUAUAACAUGUGUAAACAUUUAUUUUAGCAUGUGAAACCGCUUUCUAACAGUGUAGAAUUUUGAAAGUAUUACCGAAAUCUUGUCCAAUGACACGUAAAACAUGAUAUUGAGUAGAAUAGGUAACUAAAUGUUAUUUUUUAAGUCCAGCUUGUGAUAUUGUUGUCUGUAGUUUGUGAGUGACAUGACAGAUGUAUAUAUGAAUCAUUUACGUGUACAAUUCUUACCUGUUAACCAUCUACUUCAAUCUUCAUGGCCUUGUUUUAGGUUUUACAUAUGUUAAUCAGCAGUUAUUUUCGUUUUAUACCAAACAUACAAACAUCACCUCAAAUAACAUACUUAUAUGUUUGAAAUUCCAGUUCAGUUUAAAUGCUUUACAGUAAAACAAAUUUACCACACACUAUUGUGAUGUGUAUCAUGUGUAUGGCAUGAUUGUUUAGGUGCAUGUUGUACACAGGUUUUCUGAAGAUAGGUAAUCAGUAAUAGUUUUAAUUUUUUCCUAUUAAAUGAGUGUUUAUAGAACUGAGAGAUUGUGAUACAUGAUCCAUAAUAUUAUAAUGAUAAUGGAUUAUUAUUCAAAUAAACUAGUCUUUUGUUUUUCAAUGUAUUCCAUUUUUGUGUCUUGUUGAUAACAUAAUUAGUAUGUCAUGUUUUCAGAAAUUAUUGUACUGAAGGGUAAAAUAAAAUAAGAAAAAAACAGCUCAUUUUUAAUACUUUCUUGAUAUUACUUAAAUAAUUAGUUAUUUCAAAAUUAUGCAAACAUUAUGUGUUUAAAUUUUCUCCAUAUCUUAUGUUUUUUUUCUAUGUUUAAAUGUAAACAAAAUGAAAGCACCUAUGUAUAGUUUUAGGUAAUGGUUCAUAUUUAGAAAACCCAAUUAUUUUGUGACUUGUUGUAAAAGAUGCAAAAUCAAGGAAAAUUGUUUGAUGGGCUGUCUCAAAAAAGAAAGAAGUAAAUAUAAGUUUUGAGGUAAAUGGGUUCAGUUGUCAUGUUUGAAGGAAAAGUAAAAUAGCACAGUGGGUAUCUGUAUGUAAGGACAUCACAUUUGUUUGUAUGCUUUCAUUGAAAUGAGUAGUGUGUGUGGUUUCAGCAAAAGAUGGUCUUGUUUCAAGGCAAUCUCUUGAACAGAAAUAUAUGCUUUACCAAUCCCUUCUAAAUAUUACCCAGGAUGAUAUUGGACUUAGAAAAGAAGGCAAGCUAAGGUUGUUCUAUACUUAAGCAUUGUGUUUUGUUUGCUUUAUGUUUAAUUACCAUAAAUAUUUAUGUAGAAUAUUUGAAAAUAAUUGAACCUACUUCAUUGUUCAGUUAUGUAUAAUAACUGGGUUCAGUUUUGUCUACUAUUUUAUAUUGUUGGCCUACCAAGAAAAAAUAUGCAUGUCUGGCAGUUAUAAGACUGGUUCUUGAGAAAAGUCCUAACAUGAUGUUUAAUGUAACAGAUUACUGUAAAUACUGAGAGAAAAAUAGUAUACUAAUGUUAAAAAGAUCUUCCUUUUCCCUUUCAAUAGCGAGUUCAAUUUUACAAAUAUUUAGAUAACUUACAUUCAUUACUGAAGAGAUUCACAUAGAUAUUACCUCUCAUUGAAAGUGUUUGGUUUACAUGAUUUAUUUAUGACUGAUCUUAUGACUGUGGUUCAUAUUUCUUCUUAAUCUGACAAGUUGGCACGAUCAUUUUAAAAACAUAAAUAUUUUCAUCUUGUAAUCAUGAAGACCUCUAUACUGUAAUCCACUGCUCUUUGACCAAAGAUUCCAUAUGUAAGACCGUCAUAUAGAUUGGUGCUUUAUGUUUUGCAUAUUAUUUCAUUGCCAUUUUUUAUUUGUUACUUAUAAAAAUCAGUGUACAUUUUGUUUGUACCAAUACCCCUUCGUAUUUGUUAUAGUGCAUGUGUUGAAAGUGCUGUAUAAAUAUUGCAAAAAAUAAAGGUGAUUGAAUGUUG